CAUAGCAACUAACACAACUUCCUGUCACGGCUCUCUUCUCGUAUAUUUCUCGACAAAAAGGAUAAAAAAAAUGAGUUCCAGCGGAGAAGAGGAAGAAGCAGGGCCAAAUGCUGAUUCUAAUGAUCCAGAUGAGCGUGUUGCAGCUCGAAGAAUUCGUAUUACGAGACGUGUUGAGGCAGCAAAACGGGCUGAACUUGGUGAGGACCCCAAUGAGAAGAAGGAGGUUAAGGAGGAGCUGAGUAAGAGCAGGAAACAGAUUGAACAGAGUCGACUGCUGCUGUCUAAACUGAACCAGGAUGCGUUUGAGCUUGUCACGAACAUCCGCGUGGCUGGUGAUGCUAGAGAGGCAGCACGGAGAACCGAGGAGGAAGAGGCCAAGAGACUGAGGAAGGAAAGACUGGAACAAGAAGCUAAAACAGGGGCCGAGAAGUUUGAAGAGAUCACAAAGAAAUGGGAGUCAGCAUUACAGAAAGAGAUUCCUCAAGCUUUACAUCAGAUGCUUCGUCAGCAGAAACAGAACUGUGACACCAUAGUUGGUGACAAAAAUAAGCUGAUCAAUGACUUCCAACAGGAGCUGAAAAUAAAGGAUGACCAGUAUGUGAAAGACCUGAAGAAACAAGCAGAGGAUGUGGACCUGAUGAUAGAGAGAAUGGAGGAACAGAUGAAGAAAGUCACCAAAGCUGCGCGUAAACAGCUCAACGAGACGGAGAUGGCGUUCAACGCGGAGAGAAAUGAACUGUUGGAUUCACACAAGAAGAAAUGGGAGGAGAGAAUGGAGCAUCGUCGCCAGAAGGAAAUUGAUUACAUGAAGGCCCGUGAGAAACGCGUCGAGGAUUACGAACAGCAGAUCCACACGAUACGAGUUCAGGAUGCCGAGGAGUAUAAUAUGAUCAAAAUUCGCCUGGAAACAGAUGUACAGAUCCUUGAGCAACAGUUACAGCAAAUGAAAGCCACAUAUCAACUUAACCAGGAAAAACUGGAAUACAACUUUCAAGUUCUGAAGAAAAGAGAUGAUGAAAACACGAUCACUAGAUCACAGCAGAAACGAAAGAUUACGCGGUUACAAGAUGUUUUGAAUAGCCUUCGCAUCAAACUGGCAAAACAGGAGAAACAGUUCAAGGAUGAAAACUCAUCGCUGACAGAGGACUAUAAGAGAAUCACAGAACAGUUCCGAGAUCUCCAGAGGAAGUCUAGACAUUUCAUGGCUGCUGAUAACAAGAAAUUCCACGACGUGUGGUGUAUGAACGAGGAAGAGUGUAAGGAGCUUGUGAACGCGACUCUAGAAGCGGACCGCAUCACCCAUCAGCAUCAGCUUGGUCUGGUCUAUCAGACACCAGAUAUAAUUUUCCUAGACAAUACUGGUCCCAUCGUCAGUGAAGCCACAAAGAGGAAAGGGGUCUCGGCUCAACAGAUUAUACAGGAAGUGAUGUCACAAACAGGGAGCCACAACACUGCAGCGGAAGACGAGGAGGACGAAGAGGACGAAGAGGAUAUGGAUGAAAAUGCAGACGGAAGCAUCCCUCCAGACCACCAACCAGUCAAGAGCACACUUCUGUCCAAAAUCAACGCCAACAUCAUCAAGCUUAUCCUGGAGCUACUGUGUGACGAGUCGGGAUUCUUGGUCGAGUCCAAGCUAAACAAGCUGCUAGCUCCACUGGAAAAGGAUGAGCGAUCCCUGAUGAAGCUCGAUGCAAUAUUUGGUGCUCUGGGUAUAGACACAGAGGAAGAUGUCCACCUUCUAGCCAGUUACUUCAUGCACAUCAAAGGCCGCAAACAGGCACAGGACGAAGAGAAGGAGACUGUCAUGGAUGAACCGUCUCAGACCGAAAUGAGUGGAGAGAUGGAUGAUAUUGACGAGGAAAUCCGGAAGCUCACUGGAAAAGAGGGAGAUUUGGAUUCUAAUAAGAGUGAGACAGUAGAACUGAUCCACCCCAAUGAGGUACUGAAGGCUCUCAGGGCGUUUGUGGAGGAAAACAGACAACCCACCAAGGAGAAAGGAAAGCAGUCCCAGUUUAAGAUUGUCUCCCUUGAGGAGCGGGACAGUUCAGAUGAUUCAGACUACUGGGCAAAGUAUCCUUCCCUAAUCUCAACGAACAAAGAGCGACUCUGGGACGCCUUACUGGAGGGGCUGGAAAAAUACAGCGAGACGCUGACGAGUCGGUCGACGCUUAUCAAUGAGACAGAUGCCCUGCGCCAACAGAACGCAGAGCUGAGAAUGUUACUUCAUCAAUAUGUCAACUCUAAGGUGAAUGCAGAGCUAGAAAUUCCACCCACACGAGUUCUUCAGUUAGAAAUGAACCCAUCGAUGCAGAAGUAGAUCAAGGGACAAUCAGUAAUAUCUACAGUGAGAAAGGCAGCGAUAAGUGUGCCCAUUUACUGAAACCUUCGGCUGCUGAAUAGGAGUUGUGAUGAGAUUAAACCAUUCAAUGGGAUCGAUACAUCUUAAACAGAAUCUGGAAUGUGAAAGAAAUUUCAAAAAGUGUCCCAAACAACUAAAAUAGAUUGUCAUCAAAGACCUUUAAGGUAUCAUAACAAAGCUUGCUCAUUGGCCAUAUUUUAUUUUGAUGAAAAAUAUAUAUCCCAUUGUGUUGCUUUGGAGAUUAGCGAUGAAAUUUCAUAUAAAAAAUUCAAAGAAGCAAAAAUGGAAUGGUUGUAUUUCCUGGACAUACUAAGAACCUGUGAGGCUGGACUGUGAUAUGACAUACUUUUACAUUGUUUCAUAUGUAUGAUAAGUAUGUACAUUUUUAACAUUAUUUAUGUAAAUUGUACUUGUAAGUUCAUGAAUAUGUACUAUAAUUGUAAAUAAAUAUGUGAAUAUCUAAUUUA